AUGGAUGUGUUACAAUUAAGUUUUGAUGGCUUGGUGGAGGAAACAGAAAAGGAAAUAUUUCUUCAUAUUGCUUGUUUUUUCAACUUUAGAAGUGUGGAAUAUGUUAUGAAUAUUCUUAAUUGUUGUGGAUUUCAUGCUGAAAUUGGAUUGAGAGUUUUAGUUGAUAAAUCACUUAUAUGCAAUUCGGAAAAUACUUGUAUUAUAAGUAUGCAUGGUUUGUUAGAAAAGUUGGGCAAAAAAAUUGUUCAAGAAAAAUCAAGAAAGUGGAGCAGAGUGUGGUUUCCGGAACAGUUCUACAAUGCUAAGUUGGAGAAUAUGGAAAAGAAGGUUGAAGCCAUUUGUUUUGACAUAUCUGAAGAACCGCCAGAUAUGAUCACGGGUGAAAUAUUGUCAAAAAUGAGCAAUUUAAAACUGCUCAUACUGAAGGGAGUUGAUUUUUUACAAAACUUGAGUUGCCUUUCGAACGAGUUAAGAUACAUGCAGUGGAAUUAUUAUCCUUUAAAGUAUUUGCCAUCAAGUUUUCAGCCUAAUCAUCUUGUUGAAUUGAUCUUGAUAUCGAGCAACGUCAAACAACUAUGGAAAGACAAGAAGUAUUUUCCCCAUUUGAGAAGUUUGGAUCUGAGCCACUCAAAAAAUCUAGAAAAGAUGCCAGAUUUUAAAUAUAUCCCAAAUCUUGAGCGAUUAAGUUUUGAAGGAUGUGUAAAGUUGGUGCAGAUGGAUCCUUCUAUUGGGGUUCUAAAUAAGCUUGUUUUCUUGAAUUUGAAAGAUUGCAAAAAUCUAACCAGCAUACCAAACAACAUAUUUGGUCUCAGCUCUCUUGAAUGUGUAAAUCCUUUUGGGUGUCCCAAAAUGUUUAACAAUCAAAGGAUUUUCAAUAUAAGUGAAAAUUUGCCUUUCUUCAUCAGUUUCUCUAGCUUGGUUGAACUUGAUAUUAGUUUUUGUGGUCUAAGCCAACUCCCUGAUGCAAUUGGAUGUUUAAGUUGGCUAGAAGACUUAAAUUUAGGUGGAAACAAUUUUGUAACGUUGCCUAGUCUGAAGGAGCUUUCCAGACUUGUAUUUUUAAAUUUGGAGCAUUGCACGCUUUUGGAAUCUUUGCCUCAACUUCCUUUUCCUACUGCUAUCGAUUGCAGCCUUCGAAAGAAGAAACCUAUGAUCACGAAGGGAAUGGUGAUUUUCAAUUGUCCUAAAUUGAGUGAGAGGGAAGUUGGCAGUACUAUCAAUUUUUCAUGGAUGACACAGUUUAUUCAGACAAACCUAGUAUUCACUUCAAUCUAUGAUCAGAUUUGUUUCGUAGUUCCAGGAAGUGAAAUACCAAGUUGGUGCAAUAAUCAGAGUGAGGGUCAUUCAACAAAAAUAGAUCUAUCUACCAUUAUGCCUGGCAAUGACAAUAAUUUCAGUGGCAUCGCUUGUUGUGCAGUAUUUUCUAUUACACCUAUUGACAAGCACAUAACGGGUGGACGAAGACCUGGAAUAGAACUAUGUAUUUAUCAUAGUAAAAUUGUCCCUUACCCGUUUUGGUUUAUUCCCAUAACUCUUGAAAGAGAUCUUAUUGAGAUCAAAUUAGAUCACAUGUGUCUAAUCUAUUUCCCUCUGGAAUCAAUCUUAUAUUUUUUGAAGUCUAUGAACAUAACUCUCAGCCAUUUUGAUCAUUUUGAGUUGUAUUUUUGCAUUCGUAGUGGCAGAGGUAUGGAUGUGGAUUUUAUGAGUCGGAAGGUUAAAAAGUGCGGGUAUUGGAUAUGUAAACAAGAUCGUAAACAAGAUCAAGUGCCGCUGCCGAAACUCCUUGGCUCAGAAGUGCAAAAUUUUGACAAUUGA